AUGGGGAAUCAGCAACACGACGUGGGUCCCUCAUUAUUGGAGGGCGCGCAACCACCACAGGGGAGAGUUGGAGCAGCUGAGCCCGGUCCAGACAACGGAGACGGAGAGGGAGCACCAUGGGGACGCGAUGUUUUUGUUUCCCGAAAAUCCAACGGAAAGAAUAUUGGAACUGCUACGGCAUUGCUCGUUACUUUCCUCGUGCUGCUCAUGUUCCGGGCUCGUCACAGCCUGCCCAGUAGGCUGACGUCUUUCCUAGAAACUCCGAAGUUACUUAUGGAAAAAAUAAACUUGCACAAGUACAUGGAUGAUUUCAACGAAGCAGCGGACGCUAUGAACAAGGCUUGGGAAGCAUCAGAACCAUCUGUGCGGGAAGCUUUUCAAACACUUUUCACCCCGUCACUCGAGGACGGUCAACCACUCACAGAAGACCCGUUGGCAAUUAUCAAUAACCAUGUGGCCAAGAUGCGAGAAUUUGGAGUUCUAUCUGAGUCUUCUGUGAAGCAGAGGAGGGACUCUGCACAGCACCUGCAGCUGCUGCGGAGUAUUUGCCGUACAGUUACACUUCGUCUCGAAGAAUUGAAGUGGUUCGUCUACAUGAAUAAGGAGUAUGAUGUGCCAGUUCCUGUUCCUGGCCACGACGAGCCUUAUACUUACCCCCCGCUUGAAGUGCUCGAGGAAAGGGUAGAUGACGGCUUGCAGGCGUCUCACUUCUUGAAAUCUGUGGGAUUAUCUGGCGGUGAAGGCACGCAGAAAGUAGAUGAAAUGUUAGCUGACAAGCUAAUAUAUCUGUUGUCUGUUGAGAACAAACAUAACGACUGCAACUUGGUGGCUCGAUACUACUUCGAGCACUUUCUUCAACCCUUUGGAGAAGAUGACGCAUUCAAAGGCAUUCCUCCCGCCGGCACGCAUCAAAUUCCAUACAGUGGAGAAGCAUUUAGAACUGGAUCUUUUGCACGAGCAGCUGCCCAAAUAUUUGGUGAAUCUGAAGGCAGUACGCAUUAUGCACGGAUACGGAAGAUGCACCGGAUUGCGGAUAACUGGACACCCAAAGGAGUACUGGAGGCAACGAAGCAGCAGGAGAAGGAAAAUGCCUACAGUUUUGGAAGUAGGUUGAGCCGCAAACGCGAUCAACUGCAAGCUCUGCUCCAGGAAGGAAUAUCAUAUGAUGAUUUACUUAUUCGUGCAUUAUUUCUUCUUUAG